CAGCAAGAAUGGAAGAAGACCCCAGCCAACCCACAUGCACGAGCCAGUCCUGACCCAGACUCUGACCCAUGAUGCACCUCUCCUCCGUCUCUCCGCUCGUCUCUCUCUUCUACAUCUCACGUUUUUGUUUUUCGCUCCUGUCGCCGUGGAGACAACAGCGAGGGGUUGCGUUGAUGGCAGGGACAAAGAUCACCGACCACUGAUUAACUGCACCUCAGCAGGUUACAGAGACGUGCCAUCGGGAAUCGAACCAACAACCAAGGUUUUGUUGUUUCCUCAAAACCAGUUCUCACACCCGUCCUGGACCUCUUUCACUGUUUUCACCGAGAUCCACGAGAUCGACCUCAGCGGAAACCAGAUUCCUACCCUCACCCGCAGUGAUGCUCCGAUCCUGCCCAGCCUCGCAGUGCUUCGUCUGGGCUUUAAUCAGCUCCGAGCGCUCCCUGAUCACUGCUUCUCUAGGAGUCCAGCUUUGACCGAGCUGUACCUCCAAAACAACCUGAUCAGCUCCCUCCAGGACCAGUCUUUCUCUGGACUCAGUAAACUCGAGGUGCCUGGUACAGUUUAGCAAACUUAUUCUGUAAAAUCAACUUAUCAGAACUUGUAACCAUGUUAUAGUUUUUUAACCAUUUACUAACCUUCUGAAGUUGUAUCUGGAGUGAUUCAUGCAUGUCUCAGUCAUCUUUAAUCGCUUAUUUUCGAGAUGCUAUUUUGCCGAACAACCUCUGUUUUAACCUUCAUAGUACACGCCCACUGCUCUCUUCUUCCUUCUCCAAUUUUAUUUUCUUAAUCAGUGAUACAAGUUUCGGUCCAAAUAUAAAAAGUGCUCUUCUCUAGUGUGACGUGUCUACAUGAGGGGCUCACAGCAUUUGGCGCGUUGUUGUCACGACAUUUACAGCGAUGUCAGCUCCCAUUGAACAGCACAGUUUUCAGCAGACUUGUUUAGAUGAAUAUAGUGAUUUAAAAUGGGGUCAGUCCAUAUGAA